CAUCGGCAGACGUACUCUCGUCCUCAAAGAGACAAAAAAUGGAGGCAUCUCUAGGGCAGAAGCAGAAGCAGCAGGAGUUCAGUGUCUCCGUUUCUCAGCUCUCUGCCUCUUCUUCUGCUGCAGCGGUGGCUCGUUUCAGCAUCGAACCUGAAGGUGCACAGCUUCGGUUCCACACAGAAUUGGAACCAAGCAGUGUUAUACAAGUUGAUAUUCGAACUGCCCAGUUGUUCAAGUUAGGACCCAUUGAAUCGGUCUGCAUUAAUGAAGGUUCUUCAACCAAUGAAGAGGAGAUAUCUUAUUCAAGGGGAAUCACCAUUCAAUUUAAAGUAGAGGAUGAAAGCAGAGCGUUUCAUCGGGCAUUUGAACAUUGGAAGAAAGAAUCAGUUCAAGUGUGUGCUGGAGGAAGAUUGGAAAAUGGAGAAGUUUUGACUUCUAAAAGCAAGUUUGAUGAUAAAAUAGCGGCUUCUUCUGCUAAAAUGUACUUCCAUUAUUAUGGACAGCUACUGCAUCAACAAAAUAUGCUACAGGAUUAUGUGAGGACAGGAACCUAUUAUGCUGCAGUCAUUGAGAACCGUGCAGACUUUAUUGGUCGUGUUGUGGUUGAUGUAGGUGCUGGUAGUGGUAUUUUGUCAUUAUUUGCCGCUCAGGCUGGCGCAAAACAUGUUUAUGCUGUGGAGGCAUCCGAAAUGGCAGAAUAUGCACGCCGACUGAUUGCCGGGAAUCCAUCCCUGGGACAGCGGAUUACGGUGAUCAGAGGUAAAGUGGAGGAGGUCGAGGUGCCAGAGAAAGCUGAUAUUCUGAUCUCUGAGCCAAUGGGUACCUUGUUGAUUAAUGAAAGGAUGCUGGAAUCAUAUGUGAUUGCAAGAGAUCGUUUUCUUCUUCCUAAUGGAAAAAUGUUCCCUACAAUUGGAAGGUUAGUUUGGCCAUUACAAUGUAAUCUUGUCUCUUUGCUCUCUUCCUCUGUUUAUAUCUACUUUCCUGAGAUAAUUUUCUUUGAGCUAAGCCAUGAGUUUGAAGGUUUGCAAGUUGAUUUCAGUGUUGGCCUGAAAGAUUUCUUCAUUCGCAAAGUAGACAAUGAAGAUCUCCAAAUGUUUGUUCAAGAUAUGUUACCUUUGCUACUUCACUUGAGAUUGGCAUAUAAUGCAUUGCUAGAGCUGCAAGUUGAAAAUCAAAGCCUUAAACUGCCAGUUUUGAACUUCAUUGUAAAAUUAUCCAGAUUGGGCAGUCUAAUUGACUCAAAAAGUGAUUUAGCUAUUACAAAGGUCGUCCAAAAACUUGGUUUCAGUGAAGGACCUUAG